AAAAAAAAGAAAAAAGAAGAAAGUGGCUGCCGGAGCUAGCCCAAAGAGGAAGUGAGGUGUGGACGUUGCCGGGCUUACCGGUUUAAGUAAGUCCGGAAACGUCAAAGUCGGACAAUAGCAAACAGAAAAAGAAAGAAGAAAAGUCGGCAGAAAUCCGAAGCGAUGGCCUUGGUUGGGUAUAAAUAUCAGCUUGCUCUCCGUAGAGAGAGGAAUUUUGAGAAGUAACCACUAUAAUUUCAAUUGAAGAUGUCUACUACUGUUUUUGUCCUGGGAGCUACUGGUUAUAUUGCAUUGCACACCGUUAAAGACCUUAUUAAUAAAGGUUACUCCGUUGUUGGUUCAGUUAGAUCUGAAGCCAAAGGGGAUAAAUUGGUUAAGCAAUUGGGUGAAAAAUUCAGUUAUGAAGUUGUUCCAGAUAUUGCUGUUAAAGGUGCUUUUGAUGAAGCAUUGAAAAAACACCCGGAAGUUAGUGUCUUUUUGCACACUGCAUCUCCAUUCCACUUUAACGUUACUGAUAUUGAAAAACAACUUUUAACCCCGGCCAUUGAAGGUACCACCAAUGCAUUGAGAGCUAUUAAAGCAUACGGUCCUCAAAUCAAGAGAGUUGUUGUUACUUCUUCUUACGCUGCCAUUGGUUCUGCCGAAGCCGAUGUCGACACUUCUCUUACCAUUAGUGAAGAAACCUGGAACCCAAUUACUUGGGAAAAAGCUUUAGAAAAUCCAAUUUUGGGUUACUACGGUUCCAAGACUUUUGCCGAAAAAGCUGCUUGGGAUUUCUACAAGAACGAAAAACCAAACUUCAUUCUCAGCACGGUUAAUCCAGUCUACGUUUUCGGUCCUCAAGCCUUUGAUGAAGACGUCCGUGGUACUUUGAACACUUCUGCAGAAAUCAUUAACGGUUUAUUGAAAUUAAAUAAAUCCGACUCAGUUCCUCCAUAUAAAGGUUUGUACAUUGACGUUAGAGACGUUUCUAAAGCUCACAUUGUUGCUUUUGAGUCUGACGCUGCUAAAGAAGAAAGAUUGCUUUUAACUGACGACAGAUUUUCUUCUCAACAAUUAUUAGAUAUCUUACAUUCUAAAUUCCCUGAAUAUGCUGAUCGUUUACCUAUUGGUAAUCCAGGUGAAGGUUCUUCUACUGGUGCUAAAGUUGUUAACGAUAAGACAAGAAAAAUUUUGGGUUUUGAUUUCAUUAAUUUGGAAGGUACCACCGUUGACACCCUCAAACAAAUUAUUGAAGCUAACAAAUAGAUUUUUACUUAAAUUGAUGUAAUGAUAUAAUGUUCUUUAAAACUUUAGAGUUGUAGAUUCUAUUAAGAUAUUCCGUUAGGCUUGCAUAAAACAAUAGAAAGUAUGGCAUGCAGCAAAGUUUAUCUCAUUUGGCAGCUAAAACGACUACGGAUAUCUCUCUACACCGGGAUUCAGAGGAUUACUUUAUUCACCGUUCUUGCUCCCUGCAUACCGAGGAAUAUUCAGCAAUUUGCUGGAGAAAUAAGAGAAAUCGGACAAAAAUAUACCUAGCAAUACUUGAAUCUUACAAAACGCUCUUAUAAUAUUAUGUAUUCUGUAUUACAAAG